CCUGCAGCAUUUAGACAACAUAACUAGUACUCGGGUCCGGGGAUGUAUGACAUAUUUUCGUCACCGUCAACCACGGUGAGCUCCACUCGCAAGACGUUUACUUCCCGCUUCGAACAACCAGCCAACAGUCGAAACGACGAGGAAAUUCCUGCCAGUUGGUCUGAGAUGUGGGGUACCCGUUCAACGUCCGCUGCAAUGACGAAGACUAGUCACGGCAGGGCUGCACGUGGGGUUCACGGCAGGUCGUUCAGCGCUUCUCCAGCGUCUGCCCUUCCUUCAUCGGCACUCCAACACCCGAUGCUUGAUCAGAAACAGCCAGCACCUGUUGUCCGGUGGCCAUCGUCGUCUGCCAGAGGUAGAUUAUCCAGCUCAAAGUCGACCCCAGAGCACUCACCUACAUCGUCGCGUCCGCCAUCUCCGGGACUUCUGUUACUAAACGAGGCGUUGAGUGACAGCAUCCUUCCGACAGUGCCCCAACCUGCGCGACUGCCUCCAUGUUUUUCGCCUGCUCGCCUGCUCAGUCGACCACCUCCAUUACUCAGUAAUCUGCUCUCCACUCUCCCAUCAGCAUCUGUGACUUCCAUUCCACCACCCAUUCAUAAUCAUGAUGGGCUCCCCGCAUCUUCCACAGAUCCUGCGGCUCACCUCUCUGAGACAUGUAUAUCGCUCAACCACUCCCUACCCACUCGUUCAUCCAUCGAUACACUGCGUUCGAUCCAUACAUCUACCGUACCACAGUUUGCACCUUCUCCCACUCCUAGCAAAUGGUGGUUCCAGAGUGAUUCGGACUCCGGUAUCAAGGAGAACGUUGACAAGCUCCUGAAUGAGGAAGAUCAGGUUUCGUCUCUGAAUAGAAUUCAUCAGAAGUAUCGUGCACCAAAAGCCCCAGUUGUGUUCUGCCAUGGACUUCUUGGGUUUGACACCGUAACCGUUGGACCUUCCCUUGCACCCCUACAGGUUGCACAUUGGCGUGGUAUCAAGGAAGCAUUGGAGGCAAAUGGUUGCGAAGUUCUCAUUACGCGAGUACCUGCAACAAGCUCUCCUGUAGAGCGCGCAAAAGUUCUUGAGAAAAAGAUCUCAGAUGUCUAUCCUGGCCGAGCUGUUCAUCUCAUAGGGCACAGCAUGGGCGGCCUCGAUUGCCGUUACCUCACAACGCACCUCUCUCAACGCAAGUUCUCCGUGAUAAGCAUCACAACAAUUGCCACUCCACAUCGUGGCUCCUCCUUCGCGGACCAUUUCAUGUCGCUCGCUUCGCAACAUCUUCCAUCUGUCCUUGCGCUGCUCGAGCUAUUGCCAAACGGUGGCGGCGAUGGGAAGGCAUUCGAAUGUCUUACUCUGGAAAGCAUGCGCCGCUUUAACGAGGAGACACCUAAUGUUGAGGGUGUGCGAUAUUUUAGCUGGGGUGCAUGUUAUGAACCAGGGCUUAUUGACACAUGGAAAUGGCCACAUAGUGUCAUCUUGGAGAAGGAGGGUCCGAACGAUGGGCUAGUUAGCGUUGAAUCAGCCAAGUGGGGCACAUAUCUCGGUACCCUUUCUCCGGUGAACCACCUAGACCUUGUUGGAUGGACGAAUGCUGCGCGAUAUACGUGGGCGUCAAUUUGGGGGAAGGAUAUUCCGUUCAAGCCUGCUUCUUUUUACCUUGGUGUUGCAGACUUGCUGGCUGGAGUGGAGGAGAGCGAGGGUGACGAGCAUAUGCUAGAGGUUGAAGGUCAACGGGAGAGAAUGGAGAAAAACCUCUUGGGUGGCAAUCCAUCUCCCAGGUCGACGCCAAGCCCGCUGCUGAGGAUGCACCCUGCACUUGGAGAGAUGGUAUCAAAAGUGCAAGAAGAAUCAAUAUCCGUACCCCGACGUCCUUCCCCACCAGCAGAGGCAUCAACAUCUUCGACAGCUCUUCCAAUGAAGCAGAAAUCUUUACCCCCGACACCUCCUCAGGAGGAGACUUCACCUACAUCACCCACAAAACCGUCAACCCCGUCUGCACAUACGGGACUAUCGCAAUUCAAACAAGACUAAACCACUUGCACGCAUCGUGCCAUACCCUUAAAUACAAGAUUAAGUAUCUGCCGCAUUAUUAGUCGUAUUGUAUUCUAAAUGCUUACCACCGAGAUUCAGCACUGUUUAGUGAUUGAUUCUGUCUCACGGAAUAAAACACGUUUCAUCCGAUGAGUGAGUGGAGUAGGACAAAUUUACCAUGACCGGGGGGUGGACCGGAGAAGCGGGGGAUGUCAUAUCAUGAGACAAGUGUCCCAGCCCAUCUCACCCAACAAGAUUGCUGAAUCUCAACUGUGACACUGACAUAUCCCACUGAAAUGUCGCUCGAACAACUUUCGUCGAACAAGCACUACGAGGGGACGCUCGCAAAGUACAAGUUUAGA